GAUCCACUGCUACUAGAUACGGAAGCCUGUUAAUCAAAAUAUUUUUCUAUUCCAUCCAGAACCAUUUGAAACCAUUUUGAGCUCAUGACGAAAAUAUUGGAUAUUGGAUGCUUGUAUAGGCUUCGAAAUUGCUGAAGGUCGUUGGUUUCUUUAAGAGGUCCCUCAUUAGUUGGGGAUAAUGGUUUCCAGCUAGCGUCUUUUACUAUGGGAAAUGCUCAUGCCUUACAGAAACAUCAGCUUUCAAAUGUUGGGAGUGGAAUGACGAGUUUCGUAGGCAUGAAAGAUUUUGAAAGUCGUUGGAAAUCCUUCAUGAAUUCACUUGAUUUGUCAGCCGAACAUAUAAAACAAAUUGAAUUGUUAGAUGAAGAAAAGAAGGCAGAGCUACUGUCAAACUAUGAAUUAAAAAACCCUAGGUGUUCUGCUUUUCACUAUGUUGCGCUUUUAAAAGCUAGUCGGAUUGAAUUCAUUUGGAAAAAGAAAGUCGACGGUUCAGCAUUUCGUUCUCUACUAUCGUCAGUAGAGAUUUCUCUUCGUACCAACAAUGUUGAAUGGGUUUAUGACUUUUUAGAUCUCAAGGGCCUUGAGGCACUAGCCGAUCUAAUGUUACAAUGUAUGCAUUUUCUACCAGGACAGGACACGACAUUCGGCCCACGAAUAUUUUGUGGGAGUAAAUCCUCAGACGAAACUUACCGGGAUCGUUACGAAAUAUCUUGCUAUGCAGAAGUUCCUAACUUCAUCCGUAAUAGUAGCAUAAAGUCAACCCAGUUUUCACCAAACAAUGCAUUUUUACCCAAAUCCAUUAUUCACAGUAGCUGUUCAUCAAAAGGUUCUCUACUCACUGCAUCGUUCUUAGACUUUCUCGAGGAUUGCUUACAUCUGUCUCUCCGUUCACUUAAGGCCAUAUUGAAUAAUCAGAGAGGGUGUAGAAGAGCUAUGGAGCAUGCACUUGUCAUUAAUCUAGUAACAUUUUGUCUUCUGCAUCCUAAUUAUUCAACAAAAACGCUAGCACUAGAUAUGCUUACUGCAUUGUGUCUGAUUGAAGGUGGUCACGUGAAAGUCUUGCAAUCCUUCGAUAGGUUGCGCGUUGUGAUGGGUGAAGGAUUGAGAUUUGAGCUUCUUUUAGCGGCAUUCAGAUACCACGAGUCGCUUGAUGAAGAAAGCUACAAUCUAGAUUUUGCAGUAACAUGCGUGCAAUUUCUCAAUAUUAUUGUUCAUUCACCAGAGAAUAUAAAUUUACGAGUAUAUUUACAAUAUGAACUCCACUUACUUGGAUUUGAUGAUUUGUUAAAACAAAUUCGUGAUCGUUCUGGGUCACGAUUAAAAGUUCAAAUUGAAGCCUAUUUAGAUAAUCGUGUAGAUUGUUCAUUACUACUGGAAGAUGCUGAAGCUAAGGAGGCAGCUGUUCUGGAACAAGAACGUUUGGAAAAGCGAUUGGAAUCAGAAAUGGCUAUAGCUAGAAUAUCUGAAGAGAAUUUUAAGCUCAAAGAAACUGAACUUCUUCGUGUUGCUGAAUCACUACGUAUAAAAAACCGAGAAUUCGAAAUAGCUGCUGCUGAUCGUGAAUCUGCAUUGUACAAACAAAUCAAUGAAUUAUCUCGUAAUAUUCAGUUAGCUCAACGAGAAAUAUCUGAUUUGAAACAAAAUUUACAUCUUGCGCAAACGUGUAUAACGAAGUCAUUCACUACAAUGUCCACUUCAACACAUUUUGAAAAUUCAAAGAGGAAUUCAUCAAUAACAAACAAUAGCAUUGAUCAAAAUUCCUCAUCUGAUCCACCCACAUUAGUAACACGAGCUGUGUCUAUCGAAGAUACUUUUUCUUCUUCGCACCAUUGUAACGGUAAUAAUGGGCAAAAACAUCAUUAUCAUCCUAGUCCUUCUGGUUCCGAAGCCUCAUUAAGCAAUAACACUAGUGACAUCAAUUGCAAUAAACAAGGCUCUUCAAGUGUUUAUACCGAUGCGAAUUCAUCAUUGAUUUAUCGGUCUAAAUUGGAUGUUCAGUAUAAUACUGAAGAGCAACAACAGGCACCCGUAAAACCCCAAAGAAAAGUAACAGAUCAAAAAGUAAAUAAUCUAUUUAAAUCCUGUGCCCUACAAAAUUUUACUACAUGCAAACAGUUAGCUAACCAAGCAGCUAAUUAUUUAGCCGAACUAGUCAAAUUAGUUUCUAGUUUAUCAGCAGCAGAACUGUUCAGUGCUGAAAAUGAUUCAUCCAAUGAUCGUUUAAUUAUGGUUUAUCCAAUUGGUUGGGAAUUUUCAUAUUCUUCUUCGUGUCCUUCUCCUCUUUCUUCUCACAAUGAUGAUAGUGUGAUCACACAGUUACCAGCAACAUCACUGGAUACUAUAUUCAAUGAUCGAGUAUUCAGGACAUGUUAUUUAGCGAAUAUAUCUAUGAAAGCUGAAGGAAUCUGUACUAACUCGGAAGAUUUCUUUCAUAUUUAUUCUAAUCAACUACCAGAUUUAUGGUUUAAUGCAUAUAAAAAAUUACCACAGAAUUCAUUAAACAAACAACAAACUUUAACAUCAAUUAAUUCAUUGCAUAAGACUGAUGAUUCAGUCGAUACAAGACAUUCAAAGGUUUUUGAUGAUCUUCAUAGAGUCGGACUUUUAGAAACCUCCUCUAAUAAUCGGUCACUGGAAAAUAUUGAAGCAGUCAACAUCGUUUAUAAUGAAUAUGAUAGGGAGAUCAAAUAUAAUUUUUCUAGAUCAAAACUAACUGAAUAUUUAUUACAUUUGAAAUUGAAUCCUAUUAUUACACAACGUUUAUUAAAUGAAAUUCAUUGUUUAGCAGAGAAUCUUAGAAGUAAUAAUAAUAAUAGUUUUAUGAUAAUGAAUUCAUCAACUAUUGAAUUGUUCGAACAACUGGAAAACGUAUUUCAAAAGUAUUUUAGUCAAUUCAAUAUCGACGAGUUAUUCCUUUGUAUUACUGGUACUGAUAAAAAUCAACAACGUUGGCCUUGUCUACUCACUUUACUGCAUGGUAAUCUUAUUAAAUUUACUCUGAUUGAAGAAUUGAAACUUAUUAACGAGAAUAUAUCAUUAGUUCUUGAAUGCUGUACAAGUAUACUAGCCAGUACUAAAUUACCAUUAAUUAUACAAUUAGUUUGGAGAUGUACAAAUGUGUUAUUGAAUGAUCACAAAUCAACUGGUUUUCAAUUGAAAAGUUUAGAUUCUCUGAUAGAUUGGCAGUUCACAUUACCACGAAUAUCUAAUACUAAAAGUCAAAUAGUCCAACACGAUCAACAAUCCUCUACAACAGCAAUUCAAGUUAAUGAGAUGAAAUUUUUGAAAACAGAUUUCAUGUUAAUGUUUGUCAAAUAUAUCAUGAAAAUUUCACCAAAUUUAUUAAACUGGACAUCGGAGUUAAAUCAAUUGGAUGUUGUGUCAAGAAGUAAAUUUUUAUAAGGUUUUAUAAAUGUUUUAAAUAUUUUUUGUUUAUAAUUUGCUAUAUUGGCGUAGAUUCAAAUAGCCAACUUACCGUUUUUUAACUUACAUCAUUUGUGACAUAGAAAUGUCGAUCUACCAACGGGUGGGAAGUAUGAUAUGCUCGUGACAUACCUGAACUCUAAAUACUUUAUCAUGAAUGUUUUGGAAACACUUUUCGCGUUUAGUAGAAUGACCGAGUAAACAAUGGUAAGGUUCGGGGUAUGUUGUUCGGGUAAAGUUGACUGUGAAUCUUCAUUGAUUGUUGGAAGAAAACUUGGGGCGACUAAAUCAAAACGUAUUAUCACUCAGUGACACCAUUGACUUUCAAUCUGGACCAUGUUGAUAGUUUCAGACUAUCCGGUUAGGAGCUCGUAUGAUAACCUCGAUCAGUGCUUUUAGAAGUUGAAUGACGUAGCUUUUAAGUUCCAGUAUAUCUUCGUACAUGCCUUUCCAAUCUAUCUUUUGGAACAAUAUCCCCAUUGCUUAGUUAUUCUCAUCCCCACUACCACUACAUUGUUUUGAAUUCUUCGAUGCUUGUCUUACCAAUUUCAUCCAAUUGUGCUGAUAUGGCAUAAAAACGAAGGUUAACACAUAUUUGUACUUGGCUCUAAGUUGAUUAUCACAAAUGGUUGAAGCCAAUCGAUAAAAUAACCUAAAUCUCAGUUUUAUCGUAGUUACCAGCCUGUAUAUAAAUACAGAUCCAUGUAAUUACAUACUGAUCAGUAACUUCACAUGUUCUUGUUCUCUAACCAGCAUGUUACACUUUUGUGGCCCUAGAUCUGAUUCCAGUUAAAUCGGACGAAUGAUUGGUGUCGAAAUACACAUAUAGUCUAUCCUCGUAUAAAAUCAUCGACUUAAAUCGCGUUAGUGAAUAACGGAAUUAAAUAAGUCAAAUACGAGAAUGAAUUUCGAAUACGUACACAUUGAUCUGGACAGACGAUCAGAGAGACGAAGCAAAGCCAAAUGAUGCACAGUGGAGAAGGCGUGUAAGCCAACUCCCUCUAAUCAAGUGUUAAUCAAUAUUUAUAGCCAGACGGACAUGUGGUGAAUGAGAUAAGGAGUGCACAUACACACAUAUAUAAAAACAGUCGAGGUUGAUAAGCGAAUAAUCAACAUGGUAAAAAUAUGACUCAAGUAUAAUGGAUAAAUUGGUUUGUUCAGAAGCUAGACAAGGUAUAUAGGCUUAACAUAGCAACCGACACUACAGCACUUCUGGGAUGUCAAGCCUAAUAACACUAGUUAAGCUGUAUUGUUGUUAUGGUAGUUAAAUAAUAAAGCUAUAGUGUAGUGGUUAAAAUGCUGUGGUUUGCAAAUACUGGGUUGCUAGUGCGGAUCUCCAUUUGGGUACCCGAAUAGUAAUCAUUGCCACUCUUCAAACAACUAAAUUGUGGCUCAAAUUUAGUUAAAUUAAAAAUCCUGUGCUUCAUCCGUUUUCCUUCCGCAUGUAAGAAUCAUUUGGUUGUUAAAUAUAAUAGAUAGCAAUAGGUUUUACAAAGUUAAGCAAAGUUAACCGCUCUCGUUGAUAACAAUUAACUGUCUAAUAAAAUGCAGUACAUUUCCUCAAUUCAUCAUAGUGAUCAACUACUGCUUAAUUGGUAUUAUUAAAUUCUAAUUAAGUUCAUGUUACACUAAUUAUUUUCUAUUGUUUGAUUUUUCCUCUAGUUUCAAUAUCUGAUUUAUUCAAACGUAUCGAAUAUGUCAAAUCAAAUUUAACAUUUUUAAUUCAUUAUUCUAAAACUACUGAAUUUGCGAAUAGUAAUAAUUAUACUAAUAACAAUCAUAAUGAUAAUAAUAAGGAUAACAAAAUGACAAGCCAAGGUAAUUUGUCAUUAGAAAAUGUAGCAUUGAUUAUUCGUUUACUUGAAUUGUUAACAAAAACAUCAGAAACAGUAAGUUGCAUUUUACAUUCAACUGCUUAUUGGAUCAAGAGAUUUCAACCGUCAUUAUCUACAUCACCAAGUUGUAAUAUGAUGUUAUCGGAUGAUUGGUUAAAUCCACUUGUCAGAUUUGCAUUUUCAUUCAAGGUGUGUGUAUAUAUGUAUUUUAAUUGUAAAGUAGUUCCCUUUUUUAGAAUUAGGACAAGACUGAUUUUAACCUAGUUUACAAUAUGAAUUGAUAUCUAUUAGACAACUUUAAAGACUUAGGUGGCAAUAUAUUACUUACGCCUGUUACUCCUCGUGGAGGAGCAUAGACCGCCCACCAGCAGUUUCCAUCCAACCCUGUCCUGGGCAAUCCUUUUUAUAUCUGCUUCUAUUUCCCGAUGUAAUGUGUUCUUUGGCCUUCCUCGUUUCCGCUUCCCAUCAGGAUUCCAAGUUGGGGUUUGCCUCGUGAUGCAGUUUAGUGAUUGCCUCAAUGUAUGUCCUAUCCACUUCCAACGUAUUUUCCUGAUUUCCUCUUCAGCUGGAAGCUGGUUUGUCCUUCCACAGAAGGCUGUUACUGAUGGUAUCCGGCCAAUAGAUGUCGAGUAUCUUGCGUGGACAACUAUUUAUAAAUACUUGUACCUUCUUGAUGAUGGUUGUAGUAGUUCUUCACGUUUCAGCUCCGUACAAUAGGACUGUCUUGACGUUCGUACUGAAGAUUCUGACUUCGAUAUUGGUUGGCAGUUGUUCUGAGUUCCAUAUGUAGCGGUUAGCACUCUGAGCUUUGAAUCCAGCGACCCGAGUUCGAGUCUCGGCGAGGCCUCCAAACUCCUCCUGUAGCCCUUCUAGUGUUACUGCCGGUACCAUGCCCAGAUAAUUGAGGAGGGUUAGGUAUUGGGUCGACAACCCCAUCCUGUAGAAAAGAGAACCUUGCUAAAAAAACGCCAACCAGGUUAAACAUAUUAAACCAUUUAAACUCUGCCCUGGAAGUUGAAGGAAGAAUUAUGACGCCUCAGGACGGAAGCCGACAUUCUUCGGAAGUCACGAGGCCGAUGACCUCUCUAACAACCGACGCAACAAUUUUUAUAGGUACAUAGAAUUUUUAUACUCUAUUUUGAGGUUACUUAAUAAUACUUGUCCCACGGAUUAAACCUAAUACUUCUAGGUUCCAUCUCACUUUUCUAGUUGUUGAAAUUGUUGUCUUGUAAAGAGCGCAAUUAGAAAUAUGUUUUUAUGGUAAUUUAGUCAUCAGAUAUAUUAUGGUCUUGUGUACUGCAUUUAAGUAGAUUGCAGUUGUGUAUCUUUUUUCAUCAUUUUAUGGACGGUUAACUAAUCAUAUUUUGUAAAGCUAAUCGACUUCUAACUAAUUAAUUAACUGCAUGUUUUUUUGUGAAUAACUUGAUAUAAACAUGUUAUGUUAUCCGUUCAUAACUAAUCAGUGCCUGUAAAAGUUUUCAUCAAUUUAUGUAAUUGUGACACCUACUAACUUUCAAGAUACUGUAACUAAAUAACUGAUAGUACACAUUAAAUUCCUUGAAAGAAAUUGCGAUGAAAGUGAAAGAAAAAACUGGCCAGGCAUCUCUGGCUCUAGACUUCGUACCAGUUAAAACUAGAUAACCGUAACUGUUUUUAAAUAUUUGAAGAAAAUAACGCUCCAUGUGUUCGAAUUUAUCACCAUUCAGUAUCUCGUACAGAGAGACAUUGACAAUGAACUAUUUGAUCGACACGAUCCUAUAAGUUUGAGGCGUCAUUUUUAUCUUUGGGCUAAUUGAAUUCUGUUGACUAAGUUACGAUUUGGUCAGUGGUGUAAAUGACUCGUCAUCACGUCCACUAUAUUUAAAUGUUACUGCUAAUCGACAGGAUUAAGUCCACACCAUUGUCUAAAUAAAUAUGAUCGAUCGGUAUAAAGAUAAAAUGUUUUGUAAAAACAAUUGUUUCUUUAUUUUUAUGACUUGUUACCCGUUUAUCAAUUUGUAACGUUACACGAAUCAAUACAGAAAACUGUUAAUCUCAUAAAUUAUCCCCUUAUUUAUUGAAUAUCACAAUCAUAUAUGUAAGAUUAUUUCUUUUAGUGCUAAUAAUAAAGGGAUCCACUUUGAAAUUAGUCAUUUGUUAUGUUCUAUUGCUUAGGUUAGAAGAUAGCUGAUUUGAUAUUAUUUCUGGUAAUUUGUAAUUUGUACAACAAAUUCCUUAAUUUGUAGAUUGGAAAUAAUUUCCACUUGUCUUUAAUCAAUAAUUCCCUUACUUUAGUACUGAAAAAUUAAUCAUUCUGAUAGUGAUUAAAUACUUAUUUAAGUAUAUAUUUUCUGCGAUUGACUCUGAAUACUUUUCUAUCCUUAAAAAAAAAUAAAAAAGUUACAAGUAAUAGUCGAAUAACUAAAUGCAGCUACUGUAUCAAUCCAUGAAUUCGUCUACAAUCGUAUUAUAUGUACAUAAUCAGUCAGUUAUGAUCAACACAGAGCCUGGGAAAAAUACACGUUGGUCCAAAUCGCCAUGUCAUAUUAGCACAACAAGAUGAAUAAAAAAGAAGUCAAAACAACUGUAGUGUUAGUGAUAGCGGGAAAGAUUAAAUACUACAGAGUGCAGUUCUAAAAGAUAGAAUGAAUUCGAGAAAUAAAAAGUUCGAAGAUUGAAACUCAUUAAAAAGAAUUAAGACAAUUCAGCAAAGAAAAUUUUCUAUUCGAUAAUAUCAUUUGCAAUGGUCGUUUUGAGUUGAGUAAAUUAUUUGUUUGAUAUUCCUCGAAAACAGUUAUCCAUCCAGGCUUAUUCAGUGUAACAUAAAACCAAAAUUAUAAUCUGUAAAACUUCAUAGUUCUUAGGAAAACCCUCUUCAUGAACAUUAGGUUCAAGGCAGAUACUGCUGCAAAACGUUUGGAGAAUUAUCUGACGAAAUUCUUGAGCAAAAAUUUGUAUACCCCUAAGUUUUACAAACAGCAUUGAGUUAAACGUAAAACAUAUUUCAAAGAAAUACCGGGGUAAAAAAUGUACAGAAAUUAGUAAAUACACUUCUGCUUAUUAAUUAUCCUCUGAAGUCCUAGUAUCAUUUGUCAACAGUGAUUAGGUGAAAAUCAGUUAGUCUGCUAAAUAAUUAGGAAUUUGUUCGAAGCCAUCAAUAAUUCCCCAAAAAUAUCUUUAAAAGUCGGAAAAAUGGUGGGCUUCAAACAAUCAGGAUUCUUGGGGAACUUUUGAAUGAAUUCUGUAAAAGGACGAAUUAUAUUAUCAUGAUCCGAUCGAACGAUUGCCCAAUUCGUUUAACAUGUUCUUCACAACCUUUUAUAUUCUUAAGGUCACAUUUGAUACUAUAAAAUACCCUUUUUGUCUGUAAACGAAUUAACUUUUCGUUGAAGCUUCUCUUAUCCUUCCUCCUUUUGUUUUCUGUUUGGAGCUUAAAAGUAGAUUUAUGUGGACUAGGAAGCGGUUAGGAAUCCGAUAUCAAAACUUACAAGUACAAGACAUACCAGAGAUUUACUCUUCUAACAAUUUUUCCAUUGGUGUCAUUUUUUAGUCACUUCAGUUCUCAAAAUUAUUAGAGAUAGCUACUGUGUGCAAGUGUAAUUGCAGAAACUGCACACCGACAAACUAUGAGGUGCAAAAUUAGAUUUUCAUAGUUUGCUUCAAAUCUAAGAAGUAAAUCAGUAAUAUCAAACAACUGAUGCACACAUCAAAUUAAUGUUAUUAAAAACAAUUUAAGAAGUCUUAAUUGUAUUCCGUAAGUUUAUUUCAUACACAGUCUAAGACAUGUCACACUCUGUUUUUCCCUAAUUUAUAAUCGACAUCGUAAACCAUAAAAAUUCUGUGAGUUAUUUAGAAUUUAAAAUCCCAUUAGUUGCAAUCGAUUUGUCGAGACAUAUGGAAAUAUUUCUUUGAAGCAAUUUUAUGUUUUUAUGCUUGUAAUAGAAAGAUUCAUAGUUCAUAAACAAAUAAAUAAUAUUGAUACUGCUACUGAUUUAUUUUUAGAAUUGUGUCAAUGAUCUCGAUAAAAAGUCACCUCAUUCACAAAAUUCCUCAUUAAAUAUACACGAUACUCAAUCUUCUAGUCAUUCACAUCAUCGUCACAGUCAAAAACACUUGAAAGAACAAGAAAAGGUAUUAAAUUUAAUUCUGUUUUCAUUUUCCAUUGGAAAAAGAAUUCCACCUUUUUGUUGUUGUUUUUCUUUUACAAAAAGGUUACUAUGGCACAAUCAACUUCUGAUAUAAUUGACAAAUUUUAUUUAAAUACUUUUACUGACACUGAAUGAAUCGGUUGUUUCGUACAACCAAUUUACAAGUUCUCCAACUGUGAAUAAACUAUGUAAAACAGGAUUACUAGUUAAUUAAAUGAAUUUACUAUUAGAGCAGUGGAGAGAUGAUUUAGUGGUUCGACUUUUGGUCACUGAGUCGAAGGUUCGAUCCCCGCCCUCCCCUACCUCCGGCACCCAAGCAGUAUCAGUAACCUUCACUGUUAGACCGUGACUCGAGGCCAUAUUAAAUAAGUUAUUAUCAGAAUUAAACUGUCAUAGAUAGAAAAAAGUUUCAACCAAGAUAAUAAGACUCAUCAUGUAACCAUUGAAACCAAUCGAGAAUGGAAAUAUGUAGGCUACAGAACAACCAAUCAGGCCUCACUCCUAACAUUUUUACUAAUACUUUCAUAUAAUAUUCAUUUACUCAGUGAAGGAUUCUCGGCACGAAACACGCAAUAUUGCAGUAAAUUCAUUUUUAGUAUACAUUGUAGUUGUAAAGAUUUAAAAAUUAUAUUCUAGAGAAAAUAUUUACAAUCAUUAUCAACCAGUUCUGUCUCUUUGACAUGCUUUCAUUGUCCAAUAUAUUUGAUAAUAAUUAAUCAAGUCGAUAUUAAAAAUAUCAAAUUAAUACAAUAAGGUUAUCAUAACUACAGAGAAACGUGAGUAGCUGAAGCUCUCCAUACAUUGCUAGAUCUUACUGCCCUCAAUAUAAAAGUCCUUACAAUCCAUCCGACUUGGACCAUCUGUCCGAGCUAACAUAUCUGAUUCUAUUCACAUCUCACACUGUUAUCAUACAUACUGAUUCAACUCUAUCCUUUUACAUUACGAAUUUCAUGUUUUUCUUCCAUUAACACACAAAAAUACAAUAUAUCUCACAUGAAUCACAUUAACCGGAAUGACAUGUCAUCGAUUGAGAACUGCUUUUUUGAUUGAUCCUACUAAGUAAUUUUGCUUGAUACCUUUGUACUAUUUAAAAUUAGGUUAAUUUAAUUUGUUUACUUAUUCUCUGAAGAGGUGGCUGACAUGUAGUCACGAAACGUCGGAAAAUGUUAUUUUUCUACUCAUCCAGAUGGAACAAAUAUAUUAUUUUUAAUAAUAAUAGUAGUACUCGUUUUAUUCAUUACUAUGAUCCAUGUUACAGUAAGGAGUUUUCAACAUCGGUUGUCCAACGUCGCAAUAAAUUUCUCAUUAACAUACAUUUAAGUUGAAAUUAUUCGGAGAAUUAUGUUGUAUAAAUGACUUUUUCAAUAGUUAGUAUCUGCCGCUUAUCUUUAGUCGUAAAGUCUUUCUAUCAGUUCUCAGGUGCCAAAAUUGUCUCCAUACACUUCGUGAACUUAGAAGGUGCAAAACACAUACCGAACCUACGGACACUAAUUGCCAACUGAAUGAGUGCAGAUUGCAUGUCUUUGGUAUCAUCACCCAGUAAGACAAUAUCAUCCGCAUACUGAAGGUCGAGAAGUCAUUCUCCAGGCAUUCGUUUAAGCGUUGCGGAAUUCUAGAGAUUGAUUCUAUUAUGGCUUGCAGUAUUCAAGAUUGAUACUGAUACACAAAUUUAUGUGCGAGACCCGAGCGUCUACUGAGUGAGAAGACUAAGAGCGAAGGAGGAAGCUUACAGAUCAAACUGAAUCAAAUGAAUAAAAACUCAUUUAUGUGUGUACGUGUAUAUGUACUCCUUAGAAUGUAAAACUAUUUCUUGACCAAUGACUUGCACUUAUCAAUAGGAGAACUUCAAUUGGCUCAAUAUGAACUCCUCAUUCUGUGGAUUGCGAUUGGUCCAUUUUCUCAGGUUUAGUAGUGUCAAUAUUAUUAACGCUUGGUAACAUCUAAAUGAUUUUUGAUAUAAAAGCGUUUUAUAAGGGAAAAUGUGUAGCAACAUCUCUGGCCAAUAGAAGUUUAGAAAGGUUUUGUAAAAAGUCGAUAUCAUACUUUAUCAUUUUUCAUUCAUUCCCUGUUGAACAAAGAUCCCAUCCUCGUCAAAACGUGAAAAUCGUCAUCGUAAGCCACGUACUCGUCAACUGGAUACAGACGGUCUAAUGGAUGAUAUAUUACACAAUCUCACUUUGAAUCCUCUAAGAGCAGAUAUACAUGUGAAACGAUCAGACAAGAUUGAUUAGAUCAAUGCUACUUCUUUCCCCUUCAAUGACACCAUAUAGUUUUCAUGAUAAUAAUACACGAACUAGUGCUGUUUUGCAAGUCUUCCUACAAAUAUACAUUCCUGUGAAUGGAAAGCUUUAUCCCUUCGUUUUCCUUUCAUUUAAGGCGUUUCAUCUUACCGUUUAUCUAAUCUGCUUUGUUUUCCUUGAUAUUUGUACAAAUUAUUUUAAUGCUACGUAUUACCACUUAGUUAUAUAUAUGCCUUUUAGCAGAUAGUUAUUUUAUAAAGUACCUUGACCUCUGUGGUGCGUUGUCCUUUUGAACGUAAUUAUUUAAACUUAUGAAAAUUUAUAUCUCAAUUUUUAUUCUUGCAGCAUUUCUUUCGAUUUAUUCGCGAAAACUUCAUGUCUGUCCCGAUUGUACUGUUUUAAGCUAUUGAAUGCUCCUCCUGAAUAUGUGUGUAUACAGGUACUUAACCCUCUAUAUAUCGAGUGCAUAAUAUCGUAUAAAUAUGCCUCAUCAGUGUCAUUAUUGUUUGCUUGUUGAAUACUGUAAACAGAUUAAUUUACUUUUCAUUUUAUCACCUUAACCUUUAUUCCUUUUACAUCAAUAAAUAAAGCAUCGUAUCCUUGUCAGCAGUUAUGUUGCAAAUUUCCUUUUUAUUGUGGUUGGUUAGUUUUCAUUGACAUAGAUAUUUGAGACUAGUUUGAAUUACCAACUUCUUUUGCAACCAGGUUGAUAGAUAAGUUUGAACAAUUAGAAAUGAUUUGGGAUAUUAUUCAGUUUUUGAAUAAAAAUCAGACACUAGACGUAACUACCAGUUAUUUCGUAUAGACGGAGUGAACCUUAGUGAGCGUGGAGUUUUGGUAGAACCACCCAGAACUAGAAGUCAGUAAAAAACACUGGAUUUUACACUAAUUAUUCUUCUCUACGACUAAGCAAUUAUUUGACAUAAAAAUCUUAAGUUUAUCUCCAGUCUUAUCGUUAAGGAUAGAAGGUCACUAAUUAACUUCGGGAAUUCAGCGAGGUACGCACUAGUCAGUACAUAGUUCAAUCGUGAAAUGUUUGUUGCAACUCCAAUAGUUGGACUUAUUGUUGGUCCUCGGGAGAUAAGUAUACUACUCAAACAUGCUGAAAAUAUGACACCUUAGCAGCACCAUGAGGCUCUUGUUAAGAAUCCAUUGGAAUAUUCUGAAUUAUGGCACUUUCAGAGCCCUAAUUGCUUCACCACUCAAAAGCAGAUCCGCAAGGUUUUUACAUAAUACAAAUCAUCCCAAAUGAAUCGAAAUGUCAUAAAACAAGUUAUCCUUGUAAGCAAAAAUGCUACUGAAAGUCAAACAGAAAAGGACCUAGAUGUGUAAGUAGACAAAAUAAGGAUGUGUAGUGGUUUUCUUCACGGAUUGAUAUUAGCAGAGACACAAUUGAGAAACGGCGGGACAAGUGUUUCUUACUUGUGUGGGUUCUUAGUGAAGGGGACACAUGACUAUCGAAGGACUGAACUCAAAUUUUUCAGGCCCCGAAGGGAGCGCUUAAACUUCAGAAAACUGGCUAUUUCCAACUUGGAUUAAUUCUUAAUAUUACGUGUUAGAUAGGUUUUGUUGGUGUUCUAAGGAGUGAGAUACUAGGAAUAGAGGUUCUGGGGGAUUGAAAUCAACUUACUGUGUGCGGUCUAGAAAUUCGAAAUGGCGAUGCAAUGAAAAGCCUUUUCUGACUAAUACUAAUCGAAUUACUGGAGAAUACUUCAUUUCCCAAUAUUUGAUAUAGUGUGAUGGUCAUCCGACAUUGUAAUAACCGUACAAAGAUGUUUUUUAUGAGGUCUAAUGAUGGUGUUUGAUCUUCGGUCGCGGAGUUUUGCCGUGCAUCUUACUUUCAAAUCGAGAUAUCAUUUCAUUGAAAGAAACAGUAAUUCAACAUAUGAGGCACACCCAUCAUCCGUUAAUAAAAUGUAUUUCGAUAGCAGUAUCAUAUGUCUGUCUACUGAACUUAAAUACCAUAUCCAUCGGCAAAUAAGAGGUGUACAGUAAUAACUGGAAUUAAUCUAGAGCGGGGAAUAUUCAAAUAAAAGUUAGAACGAUACGUUUAACUAAAACCACAUAAAUAACUGGCCAACAUAUAAAAAGAAAUCAGUAUCAUGAUUCACAAUUGAUUGAUCACUGGGUAGUGAUCAAUGUAAUGCUUGUCUAGUCCUUAUUAGUGCAGAUCGAAUGCUAUCGAUCAUGUUGCAAUGUGGCCACCAGUCUAGGUGACUCGACACUGCGGGCACUAUGUAUUGAGAUU